AUGCCCAUCUUCAAGUCUCAGCAGCCGGAUAUCAGUGUGCCCUGGCAUUUACCGAUAUGGACGUGGCUGUUUGACUCGGAAUAUUCACCAUUGACGAAGUUUCCAGCUAAGGAUGUCAAGGGUUUCACCAAUGCAGUAACCAAGGAGCAUCUCUCAUAUGCUGAUAUCAAGACUCAUUCUACACACCUAUCGACAGUGUUAAGGAAGAAUUAUGGCUUGCAGGAAGGAGAGACAGUCUCGCUGUUCAGCCCAAAUACCGUCUGGUAUCCUGUUGCCAUGUUCGGGACCCUGAGAGCUGGCGGUGUGGUCAGUGGUGCGAGUCCAGCUUAUGGUAUUGAUGAAAUGACAUACGCUCUCCAGAAGGCCGAGUCGAAGAUAUUGUUCACCGUCCCAUCGAGCAUUGAAAUCGCUGCCACGGCAGCAAAGAACGCAGGCAUACCUAAAGAACGAAUCUUCCUUCUCGAAGGUCAACUCGAAGGCUACAAGACCAUGGCAGAGCUGCUGUCCGAAGGCAAAGCAUAUGGUGACGAUGAGCAGAUUCCGCAGUUCAAACUACCGGCUGGCAAGAAGAACAAGGAUGUCUGUGGUUUUCUGAGCUUCUCGUCCGGCACGACGGGUCUACCAAAAGCCGUGAUGAUUGCGCACUCCAACGUGAUUGCUCAAUGCUUGCAAGUCGAGCAGAUCACGCCGGAGACGUUACGCCGUAUCUUGGCCGUGCUACCGCUAUUUCACAUCACAGGUCUGGUACACCAGCUACAUCUGCCUGUGCUACUCAACGCCAAUGUCUAUAUGCUACCCAGUUUUACGAUGGAUUCGAUGUACCAGACAGUGCAGGAUUAUAAAUUGGAGGAGAUGCUAUUAGUGCCGCCUAUUCUGAUUAGAAUGGUGCGUGAGAAAGAGAUACUCAAGAAAUAUGAUCUCAGCAGCCUGAAGCGCUUCUCGUCUGGUGCUGCACCUCUAUCUGCCGAAAUCCUAGAAUUGCUGCAGCAGACUUUCCCACAGACAGCAAAGGGGGAUGGUAGUGGAUUCAAGCAGGGUUACGGGAUGACCGAGUCAUGCUCGUGUAUCACAGCUCAUCCACCUUCCAAGUACGACUAUAAGUAUGCCUUCAGAGUAGGAACGGUAGUGGCAUCUACAGAGGUGAAAAUCCUUGAUCCGGAGACUGGCAAGGAGUGCGACAUUGGCGAGCCUGGCGAAAUCUGUGCAAGAGGUCCACAAAUCGUGAUGGGAUAUCUCAACAAUGAAAAGGCAACCAGCGAGACAUUUGAUAAGGACGGCUUCUUGCACACCGGAGACAUUGGUAAGAUAGACGAGGAGGGAUUAAUCUCGAUCGUAGAUCGUGCAAAGGAGCUCAUCAAGGUCAAGGGCGAGCAGGUCGCUCCUGCCGAGCUGGAGGACUUACUACUCGGUCAUCCAGAUGUUGAGGAUGUAGCAGCACUAGGCAUUCCAGAUGAAUAUGCCGGUGAGAGACCUAAGGCAUACAUUGUACUUCAGAAGGAGAAGAGAAGCAAUCCUGAGGAGUCAGCCAAGAAGCUGUUCAAACAUGUCCAGGCGAAGAAGGUACGGCAUAAAUGGGUCAAAGAGAUUGAGAUUGUGGAUGAAAUCCCAAAGAGUGCCUCUGGCAAGAUACUGCGAAGAGUGCUCAGGGAUAUGGCCAAGAAUGGAAACAGAGGCUUGGUCAUCAGAGACGACAGUCCUAAGGCGAAGCUGUAA